AACAAUGGCAUGUUCAAUCUUUCGCAUCUGUAGUCACUGCUACUAGAUACUUGUAUAAACAUAUUAAUCAAUUAUUUUAAAAAACGAAUGUAGUAUUGAGAAAACAGAAAGAAAAAACACGGUGCUUUAUGGAAAGUCAAACAAUGGAGAACGUUGAAAACAUGGAAAGUAUGACAGAAGACGAAAACAGGUUGCAAGUAAAAAAACGAAAAAAGGGAAUUGUGUAUUUGUCUAAUAUACCUAAACAUAUGAGUAUCGCGAAACUUCGCGAAUUAUUUUCAUUGUACGGAAAAGUUGGAAGAAUGUAUUUACAGUUAGCAGAGAAUGAAUUAGCAAAAAAUGGCAAAAUAAAAAAGAAAAAGAAGAUUCGCACGAAAUCCUUUACCGAGGGUUGGGUCGAAUUUGAAAGUAAAAAAAUAGCAAAAUAUGUUGCAGCGACAUUAAACAAUACACAGGUUUCGAGCAAAAAGAAAAGCAAAUUUUACGAUGUUAUAUGGAAUAUAAAAUAUCUUCCGAGGUUCAAAUGGAUCCACUUGAGUGAACGUUUAGCUUAUGAACAAGCAGUACGUAAACAGAAACUUAGAGCUGAAAUUGCUCAAGCAAAGAGAGAAGCAAACUUCUUCUCUCACAAUGUUGACAGAAGUAAAAAGCUACGAAAGAAACAGGCAGAAAAUGGCAUUAGUACUUUCGUACCACCAGUGAUAAAGCAGAGGGACACAGAUGCUGAGAUUAGAAGCAAGAAAGAAAAUGAUGAUGUCACAGAUAGGACAGGUUUCUUAAAAUCCUUGUUCGGAUGAAAAACCUGAAAGAUAAAGUUGCAUGUUGCAAUGAUAUAGAAUAGGAGACUCUUUUUAUGGAAAUAAAUAUAAUGACAAUCUAUAGAUGUUGGACUACUGUAUAUAAAAACCUUUUUUCUUUUCAUCUUUCAAAAGGAACAAAUAAUAAACCAUUUAUCUUUGAUUUAUCUUUA